AACAACGUUUUGGAGCUUGGUCAAGCUUGAGAAGCCUUAGAAAGGUUUACUGUUCUGAAGGCCUGCUUCUGCGUAGGACACUUGCUGCAAUGAGGGAGCCUCACAAUGUUCUAUGACUUUUUCCAUCCCUGCCUCAGUGCAGUUCAAACUGGAUAAAUUAUCCUGAAGUGAAGGUAGCACUCUGGAGUCCACAGGUCCUACUUGUGGGUUUUUUCAAACUAAAGACCAUGGACCAUUCCGGCAGGGAAAAGGAUGAAAGACCACGUGCAGCCAAACCAGUUCAGUCCCGAAGUGGACAUACUACCCGACCUCCCAGCUCUACAUCUGGUGUGCUUAUGGUGGGACCCAAUUUCCGAGUUGGUAAAAAGAUAGGAUGUGGAAAUUUUGGCGAGUUGAGGCUAGGCAAAAAUCUCUACACAAAUGAAUACGUAGCAAUCAAACUGGAACCAAUAAAGUCAAGAGCACCACAACUGCACCUAGAGUACCGGUUUUAUAAACAGUUGGGCAUUGCAGCGGAAGGACUACCCCAGGUGUAUUACUUUGGACCAUGUGGAAAGUACAAUGCCAUGGUUUUAGAGCUACUUGGGCCCAGUUUAGAGGACCUUUUCGAUCUUUGUGACAGGACCUUCUCUCUGAAGACUGUUUUAAUGUUGGCCAUUCAACUGAUUUCAAGAAUGGAAUAUGUACACUCAAAAAACCUCAUCUAUCGAGACGUAAAACCAGAAAACUUUUUAAUUGGUCGUCAAGGCAGCAAAAAGGAGCAUAUCAUUCAUAUUAUAGACUUUGGUUUGGCAAAGGAAUACAUUGAUCCUGAAACCAAAAAACAUAUUCCAUAUCGGGAACAUAAGAGUCUAACUGGAACUGCAAGAUACAUGUCUAUAAACACCCAUUUAGGGAAAGAACAAAGUCGUCGAGAUGACCUUGAAGCAUUAGGCCACAUGUUUAUGUAUUUCCUGCGUGGCAGUCUUCCUUGGCAAGGACUAAAGGCUGACACUCUGAAGGAGCGUUACCAGAAGAUUGGUGAUACAAAGAGGAAUACUCCAGUUGAGGUUCUCUGUGAGAACUUUCCGGAGGAAAUGGCUACUUACCUGCGGUAUGUCAGGAGGUUAGACUUCUUUGAGAAGCCUGAUUAUGAUUACCUACGGACCCUCUUCACAGAACUCUUUGAAAGGAGAGGUUACAGCUUUGAUUAUGCUUAUGACUGGGUUGGCCGGCAGAUUCCUACACCAGUGGGUUCUGUAGAUCCCAGAGCAUCAACAAUAAUGAAAGAAAAUACUGGGAAUCAAGAGCAAUCGUCUCAACAACAGCCCCUCCGUAACCAGACAGCAUCAUCUGACCGCAGAGGAGCAUGGGAGGCCCAACCUAGUCGCCAGACAAAUGCUUCUUACUUAACGUCACACUUGGCUGCUGACCGGCUUGGAGGAUCAGUGCAGGGGGUCAGUCCAUCUAAUGGAGAAGAUCGUGCAGUACCGCCCUUUUCUGAACCAAUCACAACGCAGGCCGAAGUGGAGGUGGUGGAGGAAGCAAAGUGUUGCUGCUUCUUUAAAAGGAAGAGAAAGAAGAAUACUCAGAGGCACAAAUGAGGGAGAAAACCAUGUUUGUCUCAUUCUGCACUCAACUGCUGCCCUCCCCCACAAAGGGAAGAGUUUUUGGUUUGGGGAGGGGGAAUGAAGAGAUACAGAUAACCCAUCAGUGGAGAUGGCUGUGAACUGAUUUACCACUUUCAGAAAAGCCUGAAUCUUCUGCUGGGCAAAGGACUCGGAACUUCUCAGGCUAACUUUGCACUUCCAAAUGACAUUGUCGGGUUUUACUUUCUCUCUUUCUUCCUUCCCUUGUUAAAAGCAGACGCUACCAGCUGGUAACUUAAGGAUGCAGUUAAUAUUAAGACUACUAGCUGCUUGGUGAGCUGUUGCACACUGACUGGAAAUCUACUCUGCCUGGAUUAGGAUACAGGGAAUAUGAUAUGUUGGGUUAAGACAGAGGGUUUUUGUUGGGGUGGGUAUUUUAAAACUACUGUCAGCUCCUCAUGGUGUUGCCAAGUGAGCCAAACUGACAUAGCAACCUCAUAAUGGGGCACAGAAACACAAACUUAUUUUUUUUCUCAGAAUCGUGAUUUUACUUAAUAAUAGUGUACAACUAUAAGGAACUUUCUGUCUACACUUCCGCUUUUUGUUUUGUUUCAGUGGAUCAUAUUCUCAGGCUUUGCUCCAGUAAGUGAAUUAUUAUUAUUUUUUUGUCUGGAACAAAUCAGUUUUCCCCCAUUAUGUACUCUGCCCAAUCAUAUAAAUAAUAUACAUUGUGAGUAAAGUAAUAUGCAGCAGGUAGAAUACACAAAAGGAAAGUGUAUAUCUUUUAUUCUGUACCUCUAAAAAUUUUUAGAAAGGCGGAGCACAGUGGGAACUUGAUUAUGAUUUUUGGUAAAGUGGUGCCUGGAAUACUAUAUUUAUUACUGGAAAUGAUCUUCAUGUACCAGGGAGGAUACUACAGCAAGCUGUCAUGUUCGGUGAAACAAUAAAUCCUCUGUCUUAUUUUCA